AUUUCUGUCUUCGGUUUGACAACUUGACUUUGACUUGAAUGACAGGCAUGAUGUACAUUUCACAGAUUUGGAUAUUUCUGGGUGCUUUAGUGUCUUCAAAUGCAUUGCACCCCUGCCAAGACAUGUGUGAAAUUGUCACAAGUAUAACAAUCAAUUCAUCUAUGAAAUCUGAAGUCUUUCUCCCUUGUCACUUUGACAAUAAAACAAGAAAUACAUCAGAGAUAGUUCAAUGGAGCCACUUGUCCAGUCUCCUGAGGAUCACACAAGAUGGGAAUAUCAACUUUUAUAAUCCUAGAGAAGGACGGGUGAAUGUUUUUCCCAUUCUCGCGUAUGAAGGAAACUUUUCCAUUCUCAUCCAUGAUCUACAACCUUCAGAUUUCGGCACAUACUGUUGUGAGCUGAGCAGGAGAUGCUGGAGAGUGGAGAUCACAGAAUCACCCCGUCCAGCUGAGGAAAGUAAUGAAAACCCAAUAAACCCCUGGUUAUACUUUGCGGCUGGAGCUGGAUUGUUUAUUCUCCUUUUUAUUGCAUUCAGCUUUUUUUCUCAGUUCUGGGGAAACAGUGUAAAUGGAUCAUCGCAAUCUAAUCCUGUUCAUGAAGUACAGAAUGAAGGUAAUAAUCCCCCAGAAGAAAUACAGAAAACAAGAAGUGGUGAGCACAGAAACAAUAACAGAAGGGGUCUGAUCAGAGGGAAUACAACUUUUUAUGAAAAUUACCAACAUGCUCCAAGUCAAAUUUCUGGUGUGCAACAGAGAGCUUUCAGACCAGUUCCUGAGCCAACUAUAAGUCAUCAGUCCACUUCAAAUCCAUACUAUGUCAACCAGGCAGAACUCUCCAUUCCAACCAAUGUUGGCAAAAAACAGAAAAAACGAAAACAUAUGCAGAUCAAAAAUCCAAUCUAUGGAGAUUGAUCUGAUCAGCAGGCUUUCGAUUGUGAUGACAGCAUCCAAUUUCACAGAAUCCACAAGUUUUAGUCCAUAAAACAUAACUGUUCAUUUCAAAUCAUCUGUAAACCAAUGGAUCUUAUUAAA